AUGGCAAAUCACAAAGAAGAGGAUGGAGAAAGCCAUAGCUUUCUGCAUGGCUUGAAAGAGAAGCUGCAGGGCACCAAGCUUCACGAAGCCAAGAUCAGUCUACACCACAAGCGAAAUCAGAUCGGCAAGCUCGCAAACCUGUUCAACGCGAAUCAUCGUCACGAUGAGGAGCACGAGCAGCGGUGCGACGAGAAGCGCUCGGAAAUCUGCGAAUCGCAUCGCUUUGAAUCCUACUUUCCCGAGCGUGAGGGAAAUCUGAUCAAGUGGUACGUCGACGGCCGCGAUUACUUCUGGGCGGUCUCGGUGGCUCUGGAGCAGGCAAAGGAGAUCAUCUACAUUGAAGACUGGUGGCUGUCGCCCGAGCUCUUCCUGCGUCGCCCUCCUUAUCACAAGCAGGAGUACCGCCUGGACCAUGUCCUCAAGAGAAAGGCCGAGGAGGGCGUCAAGAUCUUUGUCAUUGUCUACAAGGAGGUCGAGGCGGCCCUGACCUGCAACUCCCUCCACACCAAACAUGCGCUACAGGCGCUGUGUCCCGAGGGCACGCCUGGGCAUGGCAACAUUAGGAUCCUGCGACACCCGGACCACAACCCGUUCGAGAAUGCCGCGGAUUCCACAAUGUACUGGGCGCAUCAUGAGAAGUUUAUCAUCAUUGACUUCGCAAUGGCCUUCAUUGGCGGACUUGAUCUGUGUUUCGGGCGAUGGGACGCCAACCAACACCCCCUGGCGGACGUGCACCCCGAGGGCGUCGUCAACGAGAUAUGGCCUGGGCAAGACUUUAACAAUAACCGUGUCAUGGACUUCCAAAAGGUCGAGGAUUGGCAACAGAAUGAGCUGAGCAAGGCCGAGUAUGGUCGCAUGCCGUGGCACGACGUUUCCAUGGGUGUCAUCGGGCCUUGCGUAUACGAUAUUGCCGAGCACUUUGUCUUGCGAUGGAACUUUGUCAAGCGUGACAAGUACAAGCGUGAUGAGAGAUACGACUGGAUAGUGCUCGAGGGCCGCCAGGGAGAGGACGAAGACCUCAUCGGCGUCCAGCGUCCCAAGCAUCCUGUCGGAGACUACGUACAGCAUCCCCUCACGCCCCUGAGCUCGAAGAACUUGGACAACAGGGGCACCGUCAAAGCACAGCUGGUGCGCUCCAGUGCGGAUUGGUCCAGUGGCAUCCUGACGGAUCACUCUAUCCAGAAUGCAUAUGCCGAGACGAUUCGCAAAGCGCAACACUUUGUCUACAUUGAAAAUCAAUUCUUCAUCACGGCCACAGGCGACGAGCAGACGCCCAUUACGAACACCAUUGGUGCCGCCAUCGUCGACGCCGUACUCCGCGCAGCCCAAGAAGAACGCAAGUUCAGAAUCAUCAUUCUUAUCCCGGCCAUCCCGGGCUUUGCCGGCGAUCUCCGUGACGACGCAGCAGCCGGCACGCGUGCGAUUAUGGACUACCAGUACAAGUCCAUCUGCCGUGGCGAACACUCCGUCUUUGAGAAGAUCAAGGCCCAGGAUGUUGACCCAACCCAGUACAUUUUCUUCUUCAACCUCCGUUCCUAUGAUCGCCUGAACAAAACACCGCAGCUCGAGGAAACGGAAAAGAAGACAGGCAUCAGCUACCAGCAGGUUCAGCGUGCUGAGGCUGAAGAGAUUAUGGCCGCAGGUAUCCACGGUACGAUCGAUGCUGCAGACAAAGAGCGCGACGAGCACAUGGGGGGCGUGAAGACACAGGAGAAGGGGAUGGAAGACAAGUCCAUUAAGGAGGCCAUAGCGGCCAAGGACAAGUUCGAAUCUGCAAGGCCCGAGGGUCCCGUUACCACGAACACCUCUGUCGCGCAUUACGCCAUGAAUGUGGAAGGGACUAUCCUGGACGAGCCUUGGGACGAGAAGAAGCCCGAGUCGGAAGUCGAGAACUACGUACAGGAGGAGCUGUACAUUCACAGCAAGCUCCUGAUUGCAGACGAUCGCAUUGUCAUUUGCGGUUCCAGCAACCUGAACGACCGCAGUCAGCUUGGCUAUCACGACAGCGAGCUCAGCAUUGUCAUGGAAGACACGCGGACCAUCACCAGCGUCAUGGAUGGCGUGCAGUACGAGGCAGGCUACCAUGCAGCAACGCUGCGCCGAUACCUGUGGCGUGAGCACCUGGGCAUGCUCCCACCGCAGGAUCUGGAUGCUAAUGACGAUAUCAACGCCCUCCCGCCCACGGUGAACCCGGAGAACAAUAUUCACGACGACGUGGAGAGCUACAAGUUUGUCGAGGAUCCUCUCGGCGAGGAUCUCUGGAAAAUGUGGACUGAGCAGGCCGACAAGAACACCAUGCUGUUCCGUCACCUAUUCCACUCCGACCCUGAUGACCACAUCAAAACAUUCGAGGACUAUGACCGAUACCUGCCGCCCCGUGGCGUCAAGUCAGGUCACAUCUUUGACCAGUUCAUCCCACCACAGGACGUGCGCGAGAAGCUGAGCCAGAUCAAGGGGCAUUUGGUCUGGUUCCCGCUCGAAUUCCUCCAGGAUGCCGAGAUGGCUGAAAGGGGUCUGCAGGUCAACACACUCACGGAGAGUAUCUUUACCUGA